UUUUAAAUCACAUGCUCUUCUUCCUUCCAGUUUCUUAUUAUUCAAACAUGGCGUUUCACUCGAGAUGUUUUGUUCUUUGCACAACAUUGGUUCUGAUAUCUGUCUUCUCUUUAGCAAAAGGACAUAAAGGGUUUGGAAAAUUUGUACGAAGACUUCACACCAUACAAAAACCACAGGAACAGUGGUUCACUCAGAAACUGGAUCAUUUCAAUGGUCAAGACAGCAGAGUCUGGAAACAGAGGUAUUUUGUGAAUGACACCUUUGCCCAGCCUGAUGGUCCAGUGUUUUUAAUGAUUGGGGGAGAGGGUCCGGCCAACCCAAUCUGGAUGGACCAUGGCACCUGGCUCACCUAUGCAGAGAAACUGGGAGCACUCUGUUUUAUGCUGGAGCACCGCUUUUAUGGGAAAAGUCGCCCAACAUCUGACUUGAGCACAGACAGCCUGCAUUUCCUGAGCAGUAGACAGGCCCUGGCAGACCUGGCCCACUUCAGAACAACAAUAGCAGAGAUUUGGGGGCUGAGUGACAGGAAAUGGAUGGCAUUUGGAGGCUCGUACCCAGGAUCCCUCGCUGCCUGGUUCAGACUGAAGUAUCCACACCUCGUUCAUGCCUCUGUGGCAACCAGCGCACCUGUCCACGCUCAAGUCAACUUCCCAGAGUAUCUGGAGGUUGUAAGAAGAUCCUUGGCCUCAGAGAAUGCCAAUUGCCCCCUGCUGGUCAAAAAGGCUUCGGACACUCUGGUGGAGCUCUUGAAAGACCCCACAACCUACGACAACAUCACCCAAGAUUUCAACUUGUGCGGCAAACUGCAGAUACAGACAGAAAGUGACUCUGCCUACUUCCUGGAAACACUGGCUGGUAACUUCAUGGAUGUGGUCCAAUACAAUCAGGACAACAGGGCUUUUGAGGGAGUAAUUGGAACCAACAUCACUAUUGAGGCAUUGUGUGGUGUCAUGGCUGAUGCGUCUCUCGGAGACCCUUAUUCCCGUUACGCAGCAGUGGCUCGUCUCAUGAUGGAGAAUUUCUCAAUGAAGUGUCUUAAUGUCAGCUUCAACUACUAUGUCCAGGACAUGACUAACACAUCGUGGGAGGGUCCGGCAGCAGGAGGAGGGAGACAGUGGGUUUACCAGACAUGCACAGAGUUUGGCUUCUAUCAAAGCACUGAUUCACCCGACCAGCCAUUUGCAGGUUUCCCUCUGGAUUACCAGGUGAAGCAGUGUGCAGACUUCUACAAUGUGAGCGCAGAGCAGCUGGCUGAUGCUGUAGCUCAAACCAAUGAAUAUUACGGAGGAUAUGACAUUCGCUCAUCCAGAAUCGUCUUUCCAAACGGCUCUAUAGAUCCAUGGCAUGCUUUGGGAAUCACCCUGGACAUAACACCUGAUCUCCCAGCAGUUUUCAUAAAGGGGACAGCUCACUGUGCCAACAUGUACCCCGCACGGGCUGAAGAUCCUGUUCAACUGGUGAUGGCCCGUGACCACAUCUUCUUACUCCUACAACAAUGGCUCAAGCAGUGACUGGACUGACCAUGACACAGCUGUUUAUUUAGAAAGAAAAAAAACAAUGUAUGGGUAAAAAUGUAUUUGUAUAAAUUUAUAUAAAAUGUAUGCAUGCAGCUAUUUGUUCACAAAGAUCACCCUCUAAUGUUUCUAUAGUCUCAAUCUUCCCUCUCAGUGUUUUUUUUCCACAUCAUGAUCAAUGCUGCCAAUAAAGCCACUAAUAUCAGAGCAACUAGUAUUUCUGGUGGGUUCUGCAAUAGUUCAGAUUUGCGAUUGAUUAGUUUAGGCUAAAUGUGAAAAAUAGAGGUCUAUCCAUCUAAUUUAGCAGAAUGAAGUGUAACUUGAUCUCUAUAGCCAAUUGAGUGUUUUGGUUCAACAGCCAGAUGUGCCACUUACUCAGGAUGGAGAGGAUUAAACUUGGGUAAGUGAAUCAGGCAUUUCAGUUCCCCUCGUCUAGAACAUGGGGACUGGCUGCACUCAGCAAAAAAAAACAAAAACAAAAUCUUAAACACAAAAGACGUUGUGGACAUUAUAUUCUUAAGCUGUCCAUAUUACUGUAAGGCUAUAUAUAGCCUUUUUCUACAUCGCAUUUCCCCAAUGCUUUAUCAAGUUGUAUAGCACAAACUAAAGCAAAACAGGAAAUGAUGUGAAAAUUGAAAUUAUUAUGCAC